CUCAAAGUGUCGCCUGUGUCGCCCAUCCAUUUCCGCAUGAAGCCGAUUUGUGUUUUGACAUAAAUAUUAUUCAACAUUAUAUGGAUUUAGUUAUUUAAUUUACUAAAUUUGUUUUGUUCAAAGUUAGUUUCUUUCAAGCAUAUCGAAAUGACUUGGGGUUUUGUAACAUGCGGGCCUAACGAGGCGCUUGUUGUCUCCGGAUGCUGUUACUCAAAGCCACUGCUGGUGCCGGGUGGGCGUGCAUUCGUUUGGCCAGCUAUACAGAAUGUGCAACGAAUCUCCUUGAACACUAUGACCCUACAGGUGGAAUCCCCAACUGUUUAUACCAGUCAGGGUGUUCCUAUAUCUGUGACGGGAAUAGCACAGGUCAAAAUUCAAGGUCAAAACGCUGAGAUGCUGCUCUCUGCGUGCGAGCAGUUCCUUGGCAAGAGUGAGCAAGAGAUCCAACAUAUAGCCCUGGUGACCCUGGAAGGUCAUCAGCGUGCUAUUAUGGGCUCCAUGACGGUUGAAGAGAUAUAUAAAGACAGAAAGAUCUUUUCUAAAAAGGUGUUUGAAGUGGCUUCAAGUGACCUCAUCAACAUGGGUAUCACCGUUGUGUCUUACACGCUGAAAGACAUCAGAGAUGAAGAGGGGUAUCUGAAAGCGCUUGGUAUGGCGCGUACAGCAGAAGUAAAGCGUGAUGCUCGCAUUGGUGAGGCCGAGGCACAAGCAGAAGCCAAGAUAAAGGAGGCAAUGGCUGAAGAACAACGCAUGGCUGCCAGGUUCCUCAACGAUACGGAAAUCGCGAAAGCUCAGAGAGAUUUCGAAUUGAAGAAAGCCGCCUACGACGUUGAAGUUCAAACAAAGAAGGCUGAAGCAGAGAUGGCCUACGAACUCCAAGCGGCUAAAACAAAACAACGCAUCAAGGAAGAACAAAUGCAGAUCUCAGUUGUUGAACGUACUCAGGAAAUAGCUGUACAGAAAUGGGAAGUACAGCGAAAGGAAAAGGAAUUAGACGCAACUGUGCGCAGGCCUGCAGAAGCAGAAAAGUUCAAGCUGGAGAAAUUGGCUGAGGCUCACAAGCUAAAAACCGUGCUUGAGGCUGAAGCGGAAGCCGAGGCUGUGAAAGUCCGCGGAGAGGCGGAGGCGUACGCUAUCAAGGCAAAGGCGGUCGCUGAUGCGGAACAAAUGGCUAAGAAAGCGGAGGCGUGGAAAGAGUACGGCUCAGCUGCCAUGGUCGACAUGAUGCUCGAGACUUUACCUAAGGUGGCUGCCGAGGUAGCAGCUCCGUUGUCACAAGCCCGUAAGGUCACCAUGGUCUCCUGCGGCGGCGGUGAGGUCGGCGCUGCUAAACUUACUGGAGAAGUCCUCAAUAUUGUACAAUGCAUCCCUGAACUUGUCAAGGGAGUUACCGGAGUUGACAUCUCCAAGGCUGUCGUGGAACCGCCAACGUUACCGACGCCGACCGCCCGCGGCGACUCGGCGAGAAAGCAGCGAUAACUGCCGAACUUGUACUAGACAUCUACUAAAUGCUCAUAAAGGGUGUUCGCGCACUUUAAAAGCUGCUUGCUACAUAUAUACCUACCUACCUGCGUUUAUUUUUAUUUAACUACUUAUGAUAAUAUAGUAAGAAGGUAGAUAAGCAAUUUAUUUUUAUUCGACCUAAGUGCCACUUUUGGAAUAUUCUCCUAAAAAUAUACCAAAGCAAAAUUAUUAAAUCAUAUUUAACUUUCAUACUAAGGUUUGUUGUACUGUGGUCAAGAUUUUUAACUUUCUUAAAAGGAAAGGAUUAUUGUCAUUAUAGAGUACCUAUCUGCCUACUCCAUACAGUACUAAUUAAUUUAUAAUUAACGUUUUCUUUAAGUUGCCCCCCCCCCACACUAGGAUUUUCGCCUGUGUCGUGGGUCCGUUUACAAACAUACAAUUUGACAUACACAUUUUGUGACCCAAAAUACCAAUUUGUGGAUACAUAGAGUUACUCCGUGAAUCGAACCCACUGCACGUUGUUUGGCAGCCGGUUGCCCAGCCACUGUCAACUGUGCAAUCACAAAAGUACAACCAAAUUGAGAAGUCUGAGAAAUAGAUCAAUCCUAAAUCUCUCGAAUAUUGCAACUAAGUUUUAUAAAGUUCAUUAUUUAUACUUAUAAUGUGUUGAAUUGUCGUUCAAUUAAUAUUAAUGCUUUAAAGAGUAAGUAAAGGUGGUCGCGCUUUAUAUUAUGAAGUUCAAAUUCAGUGCAAUAACGAGUGUAUGGAGCUAGGUUGGGUGCUAGAUUGGUCGAUGUUGUUAUUUUUUCCCGAAUUUAUCAAAAUGUGAAACACACACAGCACAAUGCCGACAGUCGGCCACUCGUAUUAUUCAUUGUUUACUGUUACUGUGGUAUUACGGCAUAACUGACUCUUGUGCUUAUCCGAUAGCGAUAAGUCAUGGUCUUAGUUUUUUUUUUCGAAUGUCAUUUCUGCACGUUAGCCAUAAUCUGGCAUUCCUGGUUCUAUUUAUUUAAUCUGUGCAUUAAUGUCAUUAUGAAUAUGAACACCAUACAAGCAGUGAUAAAGUGAUUACCAUCAUAAAAUAUCUGAUGCGCGAAGUCGCGGCGCGUCAGGAGGUCGUUACAAAUUUUGUCAUAUCCUCACCUUUAUGGUAAACUUACGAAUCUACCAAUUUUGUGAAUUUGAUAUUUUUCAUUAAGAAAGACUACUCCUUAUGGGGUACUACUUAAGGUAUACAUUUAUCAAAAUUCUAUCUAACUGUUAUGGAAAGCUAAUAAUAUUAUUUUAUCGCUACUCUCAAACUAAACUUGCGAAAAUAUGUUAGGGGUUUAGCAGUGAUCUGAUAUGAGAAAAUCCCAAUCGUGACGUGACAAGACGUGAAAAACCGCAAUACUAAUAAACAUUUAUUAGAAUUUUUUAUUAUUAUCUUUUAGUUUGUUUUACUGGUAAAAGCAGUUUAGUUUUUUUUUAUUUCAUUGAGUUUACCAUGAAGGUGACGACAUAUUUAUGGAUACCUAAAUAUUAAUAUGUCUUGAAGUAGAUACGUGACAAUAUAGUAACAACUCACCAGAAUAAGAUAUUUUAAUUCUGUUUUAGUAGAGGCAUAUUAAAUAACAAAAUUAACGUACAUUAAAGAAAUAACAAUUUAUGACCAAAACGCCUACUUAUAUUCUGAAGGUAGAAAAUUACAAAAAUGACUGUUAUACAAAAAAUGAUACCUAUAUUUUUUUAAUUAGCUAAACUGUUGUUAGGGUAUAUGGAAAUAUUUGGUGUUCAAAAAGUGCAGUUUAGAAAUUCUAUAGUUAUUGUAAUAAUUAACAACGUUCGUAGACAUUAUUGAUGUCCUUUUCUAAAAACGUUUACUGCCUACGUAGGUAGUUUUUCACUUAUUUGUAUGAAAGUUAACAUUUAAAAUCAAUCUGUUUAUUAUCCGUUUCGGUAUAACUAGUCAAUUUUUCUGAUCCAUAAUGUUAAAUUGUUAUAUUUGCGUGUACAUACUGUUUGAUCUAUUAUUUAGUUUCUACCUUGUAACCUUCUAUAUAUUUAGAGCUAUGAUAAGAUUAUAGUUCUUUCGUAUUUACUCAUUAAUAAAAUGAAAAAUGUGCGUUCGGUUUUAAUAGCUUCAAUUUUAAAAUCAUUGUAUAAGAUUAACCAUUUUGAUACAGCAUAAAAUAAUGUAUCUGCCUUCCCGUUUUGACUUGUGUAUGUAAUGUGUGAGGCGAUGCUGAAUCUCUUUUUCUUAGUUACGAAUAAGAUUGCAGUAUUUUCCUUUAAACUUUCCAUUUUUGUAAUAUAUUUUCAGAAAGAUUUUGUUACUGGUGUACCUGUGUCACACUCAGAUCGCUACUUGUGAUGAACAUUCUCUUACCUCUGUCGACAUUGUCUUAUAUGUAAUUUUUUACUUACAUAUUUGAUAUUAAUAAUGGUUAUAAGUAAUUUACGAAUUUUUAAUGUCGACAACCGUCUUGGCUUUGAGUGCCAUACUAGAUUAUUUCAAGGUUAAUUUUAUAUUUUAUAACAAAGUUUAUUUAGAUUUAAGAUGAAUGGUAAGAGAGCAUUUUUCUUUUGUAAACACUUUUGAAUAGAAUAUUUUGUAAUUUGUAAUGAAUUUUAUCAGCACAACUAACUUAGAAUAUUAUUUCGGAUGUAAUGAAUUUGUUUUCACCGAUCUUUGAAUCGGAAUAUGUAAUUAUUUUAAGUACAAUUAAUAUAUUUUCACCACUGUUUUAUAGGUGGUACCAAUUGUGAUUUCCAUUUGUAUUAUUUUUGAUCUUUGAGGAAAAACGCAGUCUUUAGGUUUUGCACUCUUUUGGCUUGGAACAUUAUGUAAACGUCAAGUCACAACUUUCUUUUAUCAUGUUGUGCUACUUAUUGCAUUGCGCAACCACGAAUUUCGAUUUCGUCCAAAGUUGAUGCCGUUUUAAUUCUAGUUUGCAUAAACAAAAUCGCUUUCAUUUACAUAAGUGUGUACCUAAAGUAUAAUUUAGCUGGCUAAGCACAAUGCUUCGUGUCAUAUGAAGUCAUAAAAAUUUGUGUCUAAAAUGAAGGUGCUCGCACUCGAAAGGCUCGAACGACAACUUAAAUCUAUAGGGCUAUUAAUAGUGUUUCUGUCACUUCAUGCAACACAUGUAAGGUGACUGAAUUAGCGUCACUAACUUACAUCACAAAACACGGUUGCGUGUGAGAAUUCGGACGCGAGUACGGCACAAUUUAUUAAUUACGUUCUGUGUGGCUCACAUUUUUAACAUGUAUGUAUGUGUAUUGACGUGGUUUUUAUUAAUGUAUAU